AUGGCUCAUAUCUAUUUCUCGGCUGCCCAAGUCAAUGUCUGGAUUGGAAGACGUAACGAAGACACACCCAUGGUAAAGGCUCUAAUCGGGAACUUGGCAAUGUAUAUCAACAAUGUGCUUGCCUUCGAGGGAGCCCUGGGUCCCCUGCUCGAGAGAAAGGUGAAACAACUUGGACUCCCAUCCUUGACCAGGGAGAAUUGGCUACCAUUGGUGAAAUUCUACUUUCAAAAUUGGUUCAGGCGAUCGUGGGUUAUACAGGAAGUGGCACUGGCAAGAAAUGUUCGUAUUGUCAUGGGCGACAAGGGGUACAUCACUUGGGAGGACCUCAGAGAUGCAAAUGGCAUCAUGAACCGACUUGGAUUCUACCCAGGCGGCCUGACCGAGAUGCAGCAGGGACUGGGAGAUGAAUGGAUGUUUCCCGCAAUCGGUUAUCCCGCCGAGAUGAUCGUGGCCACUGGCUUGUGCAAGUCUCGAGAUCUCAACGAACCCGAGUACCCAUUUCUGCUACCUCAAAUCGAGAUUCUCACCGGCUCCGACUCAUGGAGAAGAGGCACGGCCCCGACGCUGGCGUACCUCCUGAUGAGAUGCCGGCGGGCUCACGCUUCUGAUCAGCGAGACAAGGUGUACUCACUACUGGGUAUAGCCAAGUUUGCAGCCACCGUCAAGGGGGCUCCCACAACUUGCAUAGAGGUUGGCUACACAGAUUCCUCGACGCCGGGGACGGUUUUCAUAAAGGCAACAACCUUCAUUCUCGAAGAAUGCAAUCAUCUGGCUUUCAUCUCCCUCGCAAGUCUAAUUACAUGCAAGAAUGGCGAGAAUCUCGAGCUAACGCCGGAUUUGCCGUCUUGGGUCCCCGACUUCUCGACUUCAGUCCAGCACGCAACAACCACGCCGCUGCUCUGUUACUCAAAACAUUAUGAAUUCGACGCUUCCUGGUACCGUGAGCUUGGAUCCCUUGGCCUGCGCAUCGAUGGUGCCGAGCUUCAUGUCAAAGCUGUUCGAAUAGGGACGUUGUCAGUUGUUUCGACUUCCGUUGCUGAGGCUCUCAUGCUCACCUGGGAAUUUGAGCCUUUCGCUGCGCUUCUCCUGAAAUGCGCCCAGCGUUACACUCCUACAGGCGAGCUGGCUGUCGAGGCCUUUUGGCGCACUCUCAUUUUCGACACAGAGACGCACGGCGCACACCCAGCGAGCCCGGAACUAGGCAGUGCCUUUGGAUGCUGGGUCCUUCUGAUAAUAUUAUAUUAUGUGCAACACUCCGAUCUUCCUGGAUAUGGUUGUGAAGCGACCAUUCGCUGCAUGAAGCACUACAAAGCUCUCGCCGACCGGGACGCAGAUGUUGCGGGUGACAUGCUACCCGAUUUUGAUCGGGUACGAGACACGCUACGCCGGCUGGGCCUUGUUAGAAACGCAGAAGGGAAGCUGGUGGUCGAUUUACCGGAUGAAGAAAACCGCAGGAUUAAACGGUUGGGCGAUUCCUUCGGGUCUCUAGUGAACAUCUUUGGGUAUUUCCGGCGUUUCUUCCUGACAGAAGAGGGCCACAUGGGGAUGGGCGGUCUUGCAGUGAAGGAGAAUGACAGUGUGUGGGUUGUUUCAUCCUGUCCUGUGCCUUUGGUUCUGAGACGUCGGCAAGAUGGCUCGUAUCAGUUGAUAGGAGAUAGCUAUGUGCACGGAAUUAUGCAUGGCGAAGCAGUCAAGAGCGCCAGGUGGGAAGAUGUAUGUAUUACUUAG